UUCAGUUAUUAGUAACGGAAAAAUCAUAUUUAUUUAAUUAUUUAUUGGUAUUUCGAUGAUCAACAAUUCAAAUUUCGCGGCAUUAUCCGUAACCAUAGAGUUGAAUGAAAAUCACUAGAUGUAGUGACAAAACAAAGCUAUGGCGUACGACUAGAACAAAAUAAAUAGCACCGUAUUGUUUUACAUUAAUAAUUCACGCAGAAUAAACACACAAUUUCGUAAGUAUUAAUCACAAAAAGGCCAAAUAUUGAUCGAAAUGGCUACCGUAAGUACUCACUUCCGCUGACAACAGGAACAGGAAACCUGUCUUCAAAAUGGAGAUUUUCCUGUUAGCAUUUAAAAAAGAAAACAAAUCCUACAUUCGAGGUUAACCUCACUUAUCGCGAUGUUUACCAACAGUUAUGUUUUAGAACAUGUUAAAAUUUCCAAUUUUGGAGGAAGACAAAAAAUUACGUCAAACUGUCACCACCAAAUACAUUACAUUGGAAGAGGCAGUUGCCAUAAACGCUAAUGAAUUUGUACCAUUUGAUCUGGGUACAAUUACCCCAGGUGUCAGUGUUAAUGAGUUAGGAAAACAGUUGUUGAAGGCCGCAGCUGAUGGGGAUGCUCAUGAAAUCAAGAACCUUUUGAUGAAAGGUGCCCCAUUCACAGCUGAUUGGCUUGGUACUAGUCCAUUACAUGUUGCUGCACAAAACAACAAUGUUGAAGUAUGUGAGAUGCUGUUGAGAGCAGGAAUUUCCAAAGAUGCCAGAACCAAAGUGGACAGAACUCCUUUACAUUUAGCUGCCUAUGAAGGCCACACAGAAAUUGUCAGCAUAUUAUUAAAGCACAAUGCAGAUCAUGAAUGUAAAGAUUUGUUGGGCAUGACCCCAUUGCAUUGGGCAGUGCAAAAUGAGCAUGAAGAAGUGGUAAGACUGCUGAUGGCGCGAGGUUGCGACACCUCGCAGGCGAACAAGUUCAACCUUACGCCGAUCGAUAUAGCCUUACAGCUGAAUAGAAACGAUCUGGUCGAGAUUUUGAACACAGACGCAUCUAUUGCUGCUCAGAAUUUAGUUAUACAAUUGGCCGCUGAGUCGGGGGAAAACGGCGAGGAAUGUCAGGUCGAUGAUAUGGAAACUAUUGCUGAAAAUAUACCAGUUGAGACAAUUUUGCUCAAUGAUGAUAUGGAGUUGGACAGAACAGAGGAGGAAGAGGCUCAACUGAAGGAAGAUCAUCUGGUGACUCAAAUUCCUGAGGCAGUAAUUAAUAACCAGGAUGGAUUGACAGCCUCUUUGAAAUUGCUUCAGGAACAUGGAAUCACUAUGUUACCAAAUGAUGACAACAAUAUUUUGAGUACUGUUAUGGAGAGUGGUCAUUCUGUUGUUCUCACAGAUGUUGGUAAAGAGGUUCUAGAUUCUGUAAAGCAGUCAGAGGAGGCACUUUUGCCUAAUAAUAAAAAAAUAAUAGCUGUAAGUGCUGAUGAAUUUAUGGCAAUGACUAAUGGUAUGGGAAAAAAUAAUGUGAUCAGACAGUUUAAAUUAUUAAAUUGUAAAAAUACGGGAAAACGGAUUAUGAUGAAAAAAAAUAGAAUAAUUCCUGUAACUAAUUAUCAGGUGGAAGAAAAAGUACCCGAAUCGACGCCUACAGACAUGGAAGUUGUAAUGAAACAACUAAUAGAAGCAAGAAAGACCAUAGAAGAAUAUAAAAUAAAGUUGCUAAAGAAAGAAAAAGAAGCAGAGAGAUACAAACAACAGUUAAAGUUAUUAAUGGAUGCGAGCUGAAGCGAUUAAUUAGUUGUUACGUUUUUUGUUAUCUAGUUGAAUAUAUUUUGUUAAUUUGUGAAUUUUGAAUGAAUGAUGACGGAUCCAAUUAAGAAGUUAAAUUAACUUGAUAUGACUUGACUAUUUAUUAUUAUAUUAUAAAUUGAAUGACACUUGUUUUUGUAAAUAAUUGAAUAAAAUAAAGUAUUUUUUUAAUUUUU